AUGUUACUUUCAAUAUUCCAAUCCCGCUUCCUACGACAAGCUAUCCUCCUUAUAGGAAUCAUUCUCAUCACUUUAAAAUUAUGGCCUGCUUCCCGUAAAGCUGUCUUCGUGUUCGGAGGUAGCUCCGAGAUCCGGGAAAGCUUCCAGAAGGCUAGGAAUGAGACAUUAGGGGUUGAGAAGGUCUUUGCCAUCAAUUUACCCGGAAGACCUGAUAAACGGGAUAAUCUCGUGCUAGGCUCUUCGGUGACUGGGUUUCGCGUUGACUGGAUCGCCGGUGUAAACUCGGAUGAGAUCAACCCUAAAACAUUCCCUUAUAAUUGGAAUAAUGACCAUUCAGCAUCCGAAUAUGCCUGUCGACGCGCCCAUGUAAACGGAAUGCAACGCAUCGUCGAAGAGAGAAUAAGCAGCGCAAUAAUAAUGGAAGAUGACGCAGACUGGGACGUUUCCCUAAAAGCCCAACUCGAGAGCCUAGCGCGCGCGGUCCGCGCCCUCCAAGGCACAAGCGCCACAAAAACCCACUCGCCCUACGGCGACGACUGGGAUAUCCUCUGGUUAGGCCACUGCGGGGUUGAAUGCAAAACAGACCGCCCAUACUACCUAACGCCAGCCGACCCAACCGUGCCUCUACCCCGGCACUUCCUGCCCUACUGGCGCGAAUCGCCGCCAAUAGAGCGGGCAGACGACACGCGGCUAAUUUGUGCUGCACAAGACGUUGCCUGUUCGAGUUUCUACGCUGUCAGCUUUCGCGGCGCACAGCGGAUUCUUGCCGCGCUGUCCGUGAAUCCUGUUGGUAUUGCAGAGGAGAUUGAUAUCGGUGCGCAGAUUGAUGUUGCGUUGGGGCGGAUGUGUGGGAAUGGGUAUUUGACGUGUUUUACGGCUUUUCCAGCUUUCACCGGCAUUUAUCGUCCUGCUGGAUCUUCGGCUAAGGUUUCGGAUAUUCAUGAAGAAGAAGGGCAUGUGGGGGAGAAGACGGUUCAUUCUACUUGGGAGGAUGUCGAGGUCCCGGAUAUCAAUCCCCUGGAUGUUGUCAUGGGGGAGGGGGAAGUUUAUUGUCAGCGUGGGGUUCGGGGGUCGGGGAUCAACACCCUUGGGAAAGCAACUCCAAAAUAA